AUGGUUUCCUACACUACAUUUCUUAUCCAAUGUCUACAUAUAAUAGUCUUCAUCAGAAUCACCGAUGCAGCCGUGACGGACUGGAGGGUUGGCCAGAUUGUCCAAACCUCGAGCGGAUCAAUCAAGGGCCAUGCUGCAGCAGAUGCCGACGAGGUCUCGGAGUAUCUGGGAAUUCCUUACGCGCAACCGCCUAUAGAUGACCUGCGAUUCCAGCCGAGCGUUAGAUUCAAUGGCACCGGCCUUAUUGCUGCUACCGACUUUGGUCACGCUUGUAUGCAACCUUUCCUGUCACUGUCGGGUACGGGAAAGCGUCAGGGUGCCUUGUCUGGUCUUGGCCUUACCGAUGCAGGUAUUGCCUUGCUCAUGGACUAUGGAUCUACCAUACCUAGCCAAGACGAGGAUUGCUUGACGUUGAAUAUCUGGACCAAGCCGCAGACUGGAGAUGACAAGAAGGCCGUAUGGAUACAUGGCGGUGGUUACAAGACUGGCGCAUCGGGCAUAUCAUGGUAUAAUGGACAGUACUUUGCCGACGAGCAAGAUAUCGUACUCGUGAGCUUCAACUACCGUAUGAAUAUCUUCGGCUUUCCGGGUAACCCGGACAUAACAGGGAACCUUGGUCUAUUAGAUCAAAGACUGGCGAUAGAGUGGAUAAGAGACAACAUUGAAGGGUUUGGGGGCGACCCGGAUAGGAUCACGAUUUUCGGCCAGAGUGCAGGCGGCUCUUCAGUCGACAUUUACUCGUAUGCCUGGACCGACGAUCCCAUUGUCACAGGCUUCAUCAGCCAGAGUGGUGUGACCACGUCGAAUAGCUUCAUGGACCAAGAUACGGCAACAGAUCAGUGGCAAAGCGCGUCUUCGAACGCCGGCUGCGGUAGCUCAUCCGAUGUCCUAAGUUGUAUGCAGGAACUGCCAGCCACCAAGGUCUUGUCAGCGAUUGCAACCGAGCCCACCUGGGGACCAGUUGUGGACGACAAGCUAGUCUUGUCGGACUACUCGACCGCGACGCCCGCAAAUCUGCCAAUGCUUGUUGGGCACACCGACUUUGAGCCCGGCCUGACCCGGGCGCUGACACAAUUCAAGGCGACCGAGGACGUGUACGACGCUCAAGAGCAGGACAUAUUUGUAUGUCCCGUGGCGGCGCGAGCUCAAGCGUCUGUACAGCUUGGAGCUCCCGUAUGGAGGUAUAGGUACUUUGGGGCCUUUCCCAACACGAUACUGACUGAUGAUCCGCCGAGCGGUGCUUAUCAUACCUGUGAGCUACCGAUCCUCUUCGGAACCGUACCUCAGUCCGUCGUUACCAACACGGACGCUGAAAACGAUAUAUCGUCGUACAUGCGCGGCGCGUGGGCAGCAUUCGCCAAGGAUCCGCAAAAGGGUCUCCUAUCAUACGGCGGCGGCUGGCCUCAAUACAACGCCAACGACAAUACACUAAUCAGGCUGGCGUACAAUAACCAGAGCGGGACGAACCUGGAUACUGGAAACGCGUAUGACGAUGGCUGCGACGCCGACAGUAGCACAGGUACGCCCUCCUCCCCGACCACAACUAGCAGCCCGUCGCCAACACCGAGUAAUCAAGCAGGGAGGGCAACAAGCUAUAGCAUGCUGUAUGUCGCGACGGGUCUGGUGGUUUCUGCCUUCAUGUGUAUGUGA